AUGGGUGGAGCAUCAGCCCUGUCAGUAGAGGAACAAGACCAUCGACCUUCGAGGCUGGAAGAAUGGGCUACUGACGCCCUGGAAGAGGCUGCCAGCAGCGGAGUAGCGACCCGGGGGAGCGCGGCGGAGUCCACGCGCUGCCACACGGGCACCGGGGCUCCAGGCCAGAGUUCCAGAUCCUCGGCAGCUUCGGUUGCCCGGAGCUCUCUGCGUUCUGGACAGUGGCUGGGGACCGAGGACCCAGAAGCGCAAGAAUGCAGAAGAUCGAGGCAAAGGGCAACUCCACCGGGUUCCAUCAAGCGGCCAUCGAAAGCCUUCCUGAGGGUCACCAGGAGUGACUCCAAGCGGUCCAGUUGCGGCCCGAAAAACCCGGGAGCAGGGCUGGGGCCAGGGCCCGACCCCUGGGAGGUGCCUGUUAACUGCCCUCUCCACAUCCACCCUUCGUGGGACCGCGCAGCCCAGCCCUGCUCACUCCCACCCCAUGCUGACUCUAGCACCUUGGAGUUGUGGGAGCAAAGGGCCAAUGGGUGCUAUUUUGAGUUGUUUGCCGCUGCUGUGGGCGAUGUGGAAUGGCUGAGGUUCUGUCUGAACCGGAAGCACUGGGAUAUCCCGACCGACAACAAGGGCUUCGCUGCCAUCCACUUUGCAGCCCGGGAGGGCAAACUUGACUGCCUGCAGGUCUUGAUAGAGGAGUACCAGUUUCCAGUAAACUUGCCCACCAAAAAUGGUCAGACCCCUCUACAUCUGGUCAUUCACAAGGACAACAAGCCCGUGGCCCUCCCCUGCAUUGACUACCUGCUCCAGAAAGGAGCAGCCAUCAAUAGCAAGACCAAAAGCGGCUCCACACCCCUGCAUCUGGCAUCCCGUGAAGGAAUGCUGAGCUGUGUGAAGUUCCUGGUGCAGAAUGGUGCCAAUGUCCACGCCAAAGAUGGCACUGGCUGCAAGCCCAUCGACUACUGCAAGAUAUGGAACUGUCGUGCCUGUGCCCGGUUCUUGAAAGAUGCCAUGUGGAAACGGGACAAGAAGGAUUUUGCCUGUGAGAUGGGGAAACUGAAGCGCCUCAAGGAUCAGCUGCUCAUCAUGGAACACGACUACCUACUUGAGUGUCAAAAAGAACGCCAACUUCUGAGAGAGGAUGAUUUCAGGAAGUGGCUGCGUUCCAAGCUGCCAUGUCAAUUCCAUUCCCUGGUCUGUGAUACCAAGGAAGAGGAGGCUGAUGUCCCACCUUUGUCUACUGCCCUCUCCAAGAUUCAAAAAUCCCAGAUUUCCAUGAGCUUCCACCCUUCCUUGGAGGGACACCUGCAAAAUAUACUACAGCCCGUGGCGCCUCCCAAGCCCAGCUACAAGAAGCCCACCAUCAGACGGCCCACCGCGUGGAACAUUAGCACUAACCCUGCCACAUCACCUACCACCGAGAUCGGAAGCCCGCAGGGAAUCCGCCUGGGUGUGCACCCAGACCCCUGCCAGGAGCAUGACUUCCGUGACUUUCUGAAAGUGACUCCAGACCCUCAUGGUGGAGCAUGGCUGCAGACGGUGGAUGGCCACUGGGUGGCGCCUGUGCCCAAGCUGCCUUACAAGGUGAUAGUCCGAGUUCUGUACCCAGGGGCACAGCCAUUCAGGAUGAAGGUGCCCCAGGGCCUUUAUCCCAUCAACAUACUGGAUGUGCCCAAGAAGCGGCACUUCAGUGAAGACACCUUCCAGGCCAAUGCUCUGGUCAUGAACCUGCAUGAGACAUUUGAUGAAGCCUUCCUGGCAACCAUUCAAGCUCAUCAGGGGCUCCCUGCCCUACCUUCCCCCCAAGACUCCCCAUAA